CAUAUAUCUCAUUCAUCCUUUCUUUUUUCAUUUUCCCAUAAUAUAUUUUUAUUUUUUCAUAAUGGCUGGUCGUAAUUUUGGUCGUUUGUACCGUUUUUCUUCUGCCAACCGUCCCCUAGCUCCCAGCGCGGCCAAUACUUCAGGCCAAGAUUCGGCUCAGUAUGAUGGCCGCCAGUAUCGCUCAGCCACCCGAGACACGUCGCUGGAACCCCGGGCUCGGUCACCGCCACCGCUUUCGCCAAGAAGAGAUCAGCCUCUUCCUGCUUCUCCCACGUACUCCAUCAAGAAGGCCACUUCCCCGCCGCCUUCUCCGCCGUACAGGGCUCCGGCUGCUCGUGUGAUCAGCUCGCCGCCUAAGACGGUAGAUGAAUACUCCAAGUAUAAACCUACUACUCAACCCAGGUCGCCGGAGGCCAAGCAGAAACCAGCGAUUCAGAAGACAGUCGAUAAGGUGACGAAGUCGGACCGUCAUCACGAAUCGAGCAAAACGGUGUCGUCCCACAAGGUGCAACAACCAAAUGCAAUAAACAUCAAGGGAGAUAAUGUUGGGGCAGUAAUGGAAAUUGUUGAGUCGUCAAAACGAGAAGGAGCUGGACAUGUUAUAAAGAAGAAAGAGACAGCAAGAGAAUUAUUAAACAAGGACAAUUUUGCCAAUGAUCAAUACAAUGAAGCUUCAAAAACACCUAAUUCAUCAAUGCCAAAAAGCACUUUUCUGAAUAGCAAUUUUCAGAGUGUUAACAAUUCCCUACUUUUCAAUGCAACUUUGGCUCACCGUGACCCCGGUUUACACCUCGCUUUCUCUCUAAACCCGACCGGCGACCGGUUGACUGUUGAUGACAAGAAACAACACCACACAAAAUACUAGAGAAAAAGAGAUCCAUGGAGAAUAAAACAUGAAGAUAUAUCGUUAUCUUUUAUGAGAAUAAAAUGAAUUAUAUAUUAUAGGCCGAUUUUAUGUAACAGAUGGAAAAAUGAGGCUUUCAGUUUUCUUAUGUGUGGUUGGCUUGGCCAUUAAUUUAUGUAUUUUGAAUAAUAUGAGCUUGGAUAUUCUAUUGAUUUCA